UCUCACAUUUUCAAGUCAAAAAGAAAGAAAACUCACACAUUCCCUUUCUAUAUAUAUCUUACAUCAAAGCCUCAUUAUUCUCAUCCAUUAUCCAUUUUCAAUCUAUCUCUCACCAAAUUCUCAUUCUCCAUCUACACCUUAUUUCUUGCUAAUUGUCACUUUAAACAAAGAUUUGAAGCAAACUUUUUGACACAAAGGAAAACAAACAUGUUGGGAAUUUUCAAGGAAAAGUUGGUGAAUGCACCAAAAGAGCUUAACAGUCCAGCUUCUCAGAAUUCAAACACUAAGAAAGCUAAACCAAGUCAUGAAAUUCUUAGAGAUUUCAUGUCAUGCAAUUCCUCUAAUGCUUUUUUCAUGACAUUUGGAAAUGAUGCUUUAUUGGCUUAUUCCCCUUCAAACACACCCUCCAUUUAUCAAAGGUUGUUUAGUGGUUUGGACAACAUUUAUUGUGCUUUCCUGGGAAAUCUGAACAACCUCAGUCAAUUGAACAAGCAAUAUGGGCUGUCAAAGGGAAGCAACGAGGCCAUGUUCAUCAUCGAGGCGUAUCGGACACUUCGCGACCGAGGUCCAUAUCCUGCUGAUCAAGUUCUCAAAGAAUUUGAAGGAAGCUUUGGAUUUGUGAUCUAUGACCAUAAAAAUGGAACAGUUUUUGCUGCAUCUGGUUCUGAUGGCCAAAUUGGACUGUAUUGGGGUAUUGCAGCUGAUGGGUCAGUGGUAAUUUCUGAAAAUUUGGAGCUUGUUAAAUCAAGUUGUGCUAAAUCAUUUGCACCAUUUCCAAAUGGGUGUUUGUUUCAUAGUGAGCAUGGUUUGUUGAACUUUGAACAUCCAACAAAGAAGAUGAAAGCAAUGCCUAGGAUUGACAGUGAGGGUGUUAUGUGUGGGGCCAACUUCAAUGUUGAUUCUCAAUCAAGGAAUCAGAUGAUGCCACGUGUUGGUAGUGAAGCUAAUUGGUCUACUUGGGGACAGACAUGAUUACUAGUGUCAUCAUAAAUGAAUAAUCUAAGUUAAUUGAGCAACUUAAUAGUGUGAUGAGGGAUAGCUUCUUUGCAUUUAUUAGUCCUUUUGGGGCAGCUAGUUUUUCUUGUAUUGUUUUGUACAUUUUUGUGAUUUAAUGUUGAGCAAUUAGUGUUUAUCAUUUCCAAUAUAAAUAAGAUGAAGUUUUUAGUUUUGACUAA